AUGCGUCUCUCUUCAGCCAUCGGUGUUGCCAUUAUCGCGGCGGCCAAUGGCCCCGUGAUGGCCAAGGAAUUGCCAGUUGACGAAGCAAGAGCUGCUAGGCUCUAUGACUCCGGAGUUAUUCAUCAGGAACUAAUCUCCAAGAAGAUCGCACACUGGGAAGCCGAGAUGGAGGCAGGCCUGAUGGCUAGUGACCAGUUUCCGCGUCUCAAUGCUACUAAAUGUGUCAAUGGAAUUGCCGAAGCAAUCUCCGGAGACCCUCUACACACCUUCAAAUGCAAGAACAUGGACCUAUUAGACUUCAUCAACCACGAGGACCUUGGCUCCACCGGCUACUACCAGAAUAUCAGGUCUGGAAGCUCUACCUGGGGCUGGACCGACCCUGAGUCUGGUCGGGAGUUUAUUGCUUCCGGUGUAUACGAUGGUGUGAGCUUCAUCGAGAUCCUUCCAGAGGGCAGGUUGUUGCCCCUUGCCUUCCUGCCGAAGUGGGCGAAUCUUGCUAGCGGUGCCUGGUGGACUGAAAUACGUCCAUACAAGCACUACAUGGUCAUUGGAAGUGAGCUUGUUGGCAACGGUGUCCAAAUUUUCGACAUGACCAAGCUUCUCCCUCUGGACGGCUCUAAUGGCAUCCAUCGGUUUACCAACGCCGAAGACCUCACUGGCCAUUUCAACGAGACCCUUCCUGUUGGUCGAAGCCACAACGUUGUGAUCAACGAGGAACUUAACUACGGCGUUGCUGUGGGUGUUCAGCCACGAGACCAGGGCUGCAUGGGUGGCCUUCACUUUUUCACGCUUGAUGAUCCUUCAAACCCAAUUUCCUUGGGCUGUGAUGGCCAGGACGGCUAUACACAUGAUGCUCAAUGUCUAGUAUACCGUGGACCAGACGAGAAAUAUGUUGGGCGAGAGAUAUGCUACGGCUACAAUGAGGAUACUCUUACAGUGUUUGAUGUCACAGAUAAGAGUGCAGUUACCAUCAUCUCCCGGAUCACCUACGAGGGCGCCACCUUCACACAUCAGGGUUGGGUCAACGAUGUCAACAACCAAGAGUACCUCUUCAUGGAUGACGAGUAUGAUGAAUAUGACUUAGUGGGCCCAGCGGCUGAUGGAUAUCCUGUGACUUAUAUUUGGGAUAUCCGCGAUUUGGAAAACCCGAAACAGACGGGCCUGUUCAAGGCAACCACCCGCGGCAUUGACCACAACCAAUACGUCUGGGGUAACUACAUCUAUCAGUCCAACUACGGAGCCGGUGUCCGAGUCUACGAUAUCUCGUCAGUGCCUUCUGAUCCCACGGGCAACAGCGUCUGCGAGGUUGCCUACUUCGAUACCUAUCCCGAGGACGACCAGGAUGAGGGCAAUGGUGCCAUCAAAUUCUCAGGGUCGUGGCACUCAUACGCCGGCUUCAAGUCCGGCUAUGUAUUCAUCAACACUAUUGAGCGCGGCGGGUUUCUCGUGAAGCCCACCAAGUAUGCGCCGUGCCCGGCCAAGACAUGCAAUGCCGACAACUGCCUGCGAUCAUUGCGCGCUGAGAGUGUUAGCGGCCGAUUGGAGGAGAGCCAGAAGUUCUGUGCUGACUUCACGGAUGGUUGGAAUGCGCAAGUUACUGAUGUGCCUAAAUAUGCCACGGACGCUUGCACAGGCAACGUCAUCAGCCGUGUCUCUUCGGCGUGUUCUUGUCUCCCAACACCAACGGCUUCUUAG